CAGUAGUAGUGCAGAACAAUAGAGUGGUUUGAGGUUUUCCCUUCCCCAGCAACAUACUAGUAAAUGCAUACUCCACCCCGCCAUUAACGACUUCAUUUCGGAUUGUUAUUCCAGGUUGACUCUCUGCAAGGUUUAUAUCUUCAGCAAUUGUUGAAUCGCUAGCUCACUAAUUAAGAAAUGAAAGGGAAAAACUCAGGUUGUUCUUCUUCUGAAGAAGACAGAAUCAGCAACUUACCAGAUUCCCUAAUUCACCACAUUCUAUCUUUCAUCGAUACAAAAUUUGCGGUUCAGACUUGUGUUCUGUCUAAAAGAUGGCGAUAUAUUUGGACUUCUAUGCCCAUGCUAAACUUCAGUAACGCUUGUCACCGUCGAGAAUCGGAUGAUGAUGAGGACUGUGGUGAUGAAGGAGUUAAUUUGAUCAACCGGUUUCAAAAAUUUGUUGACAAGGUACUCAGUCUUCGUGACUCUGAUAUACAAAGGUUUCAUCUAGAAUGCUCUCUAUAUUAUAUGAAUUGUGAUGACUUAUAUGGAUGCAUAAAUAGAUGGGUUGCCGCUGCUGUCAGCCAUAAUGUUCAAGAACUUCAUAUUGAGGCUAAACCUGAUGAGGAUUUUGAGAUUCCUCUUUGUCUCUAUACAUGUAAAUCGUUGACAAAGCUGGAUCUGGAAUUGUUUGGUUUUCAAGAGGGUGAUAUGGACGUCUGUAUCUCCAAGAUUAUUUUACCUCAUAGUAUGAGUUUUCCUCGGCUCAAAUCACUUCAUCUAAGACUGUCAUAUGUAUUAUUUACUGAUGAGAAAUUAACGAGGAAGUUCUUUUCAAGUUUUCCUAAUCUAGAGUCUUUGGUAAUAGCUUAUUGGGGACCAGAUGAAGGUGGCUUUCUUGAUAUGAAUCUUAAAAUUUCUUUGCCUCAACUCAAGCAUUUUGAAUUCAAUAGUCCGGAGGAAGAAUGCAAUUGUGAGGUUACACUGCAUGCUCCAAGUCUGUCAUCCUUCAUUUUCAACAGUCACUUGUCAACAAGUUUCACUCUAGAGAAUCUUUCAUCUCUAGUCACUGCUGAUGUUGAGAUUAAUGUUAAUUGGAAAGAUGAAAUUCCAAAUAGUUGUGCCCAACGUCUUAUGAGAUUUUUCAGAGGACUUUAUAAAGUGAAAAUCUUAACAUUAAGGCAUUCUUUCAUCAAGGCUUUAGGUGGAGCUCUUGUUAUAUUAGACACUCAGCUGCUCGAAUUUUAUAAUUUACAAUGUUUGGAGCUGCGGACCUACCUCUCGAAGUACUGCCUGCGUUCUAUCUUCUAUGUACUAAAGAAUUCUCCUAAUUUAGAAUCUGUUUCCCUGCAGAUACCACAGGAAUGUUAUUACGACCCUCGAGAGUAUCCACAUUUUGACGAGGUAAAGAUUAAUCAUGAAAACGUAGAAGACUACUGGUACGCAGGGUUGUCUUCCCAAUGCAUGAUACGUCACCUGAAGUUUGUUGAGAUUGAUGGUCUUCGUGGAUGUAUUUAUGAACUGAAGCUUCUGGAGAUUCUGUUGAAACAUGCGACGGUUUUGGAGAAAGUGGUACUUGCCUAUCAUUCUACUAAGCAAGACUGGUUGAGGGAGAAACGGAUGAAGAAAUUCAACGAGAUGCUGCUAAUGUUUCCCAGGGCCUCUAAAAAUAUCAAUUUCUUGUUUAAAUUCAGCAAGGUGACUUUGCCUAGUAGUUUUUGGUAGCUAGUUUAUAGAUAAUGAAUAAUGAAACUGGAGAUGGACCUCCAAUCUUACACUUGUUACGGUUCAAUGUUUUUGCCCUGUGAAAGUUUAUUGAUAAUUACAUGUAUCUCAGAUGUUCUGAUUUCUUGAAAAGUCGUAGAGAACUUCUGAAAAGCGGGUUGUGUUGGACCAGAGAGUCAGUUGUAGAGUUCAUUGGAUUCAGAAAGCAUCUAUUAUAGUUGA